CAAUCAUAAUUGAUUACACAUGUCGGCAACGAGUUAAUCAGAAUAAAUAGUUAACCCUAUAAGAUGGGCCCAUGAUUAUACACCACCAUACCCUUGCCACACCCCUUUAAAUCCCAAUCAAUUUCGUACUACAAACCAAUCUAGAUUAGUAAAUUUGUAACUAAAAACACCCAUCUAAUUACAAUUUCAUAAUUUUGAGUACCUAAACAAUAAAACAAUAAUGGCAGAAGAAGCUCCUAAAAGCAAUACCCCAGCAACAUCAUCCCCAUCUGAGCUGUUGUCAAGCGCCAAGGUUAAAGUCACCGAAGCUUCUAGAGACGUUACUAACGCCGUCAAGGCCUAUGGGAAGCCUGAUGGAGAUAGUGGUGUUGGACAUUAUGUUGGUAAGGCUGAAGAUUACCUCCACAAGCUUCACUCCCCCUCUCAUCAACCCAAGGCGGAGUUUGCUACUGCUCCACCAAUAGAGCUUGUUCAAAACAAGGCGGAGUCUGCUCCUGCUCCGCCUGCAGCGAAGGUUGUUGAAAAUAAGGCGGAGUCUGCUCCUGCUCCGCCACCAAAGGUUGUUGAAAACAAGGGGGAGUCUACUCCUGCUCCACCAGCAGAAGUUGUUGAAAACAAGGUGGAGUCUGCUCCUCCAACAGAGGGUGCUAAAAACAAGGACGAGGACGAGGACGAGACUGCUGCUGUUGUUGGCGGCGGGGGUGGUAUUGGUGGUUUGAUGAAUAAGGCUAAAGGACUAUUCAAGUGAUCACCAUAUUUUAUUUAUUUACUGAAUUUCAUUUGGAAAUAUGUUGUGGUAAUAUUUGUUGCGUGUUACUCCGUGUACUUCUAUUCAUUCUUUGUACAAGUGUACUUUUGGAUUUGGAAUUUUGUUAAAGUUCGGAGGUUUUGUGAAUUACUACCUUAUAAUUUUUUUUAUAGUUAUAAGUUAGAUACUUCACUGCUUUGUAACAGAAAAUGUUAAAUCUCUUCAUUUGUGAGCCUCACCCCCAACGACUCUAUUCCAUUUCUCUUUAUUUCUCAA